AUGUCAAUGAUCAACAUUUCCCACGUGAACAGGCUCUGGAAGCGCCGCGAUGCAAUGGAGGGAGCGCCAAGCAGCGCCCAUAUUUCCGGCGUCUUUCCUACAGCGCACAGAACACGGCCAUUUCGACUGAGCUUAGAGGGAAUCAUCCCUGGAAGCAGGCGCAGCGAAGAUGUCUCCUCUUUACCGUUUCGUGGUCAUUUUACUGGCCGCGUGUAUCGCGGUUGUCGAUGGAUGGAGGCAAAGUACUCCGAAGCCAGAAGCGGCUUGGAUGAGCCCUUGGCUGACGGCCCCUGGACAUUCAGCAACGGACUUGCCAAUAGUUUUCGUGUCGAGACUUUCAAUAUCACCCGUCCCGGGCAUGUUGAGCCAUUCUUUCAGCAGGAUGGGCAACGCUGGCAGAGACUGCGGCUGCUGAACAAUGAUACCACUGUGCGUGUUUGCGGCGUGGGUAUCCGUUCCCUCAAUGAGUGGACAGAGGUAGAGCAAUUACCUGGAUACUUUGCAUCCUCGAACCCGCUAUACAAUGAGAUCUGGGCGCUGGGUGCAGGAACGCUUCAGCAAGCUUGCAUCGAAAAGGGGACAGCGCUGACGACAUGGGAGGUCGCGCCUGACGGCGUUCUUCUUCGCGGGCAGCAAUCUGCGCAGUCAGCUCUGGGGACGUCGCUCGCAAACUGUACGAUGACCUUCCAAGCAAAAGUUUUACGGGGAGGAAUUGGGUGGAGCUCCGUCUGCCUCGAUGGCGCGAAAGGCGAUCGACUCGUUUGGAGUGGCGAUUUCGCGCACACCCAGCGCAUUAUUAGUGCCAGCACAAACCGUUCCGACUUGAUCAAGAGGACGCUGGAAUUCAUCCUAGAUCGCCAGGAAGAAUCUGGCCCUAGCACUGGAUUGCUCGCUAUGUCUCCUGGCAUGGGCCUUGCGGCCAAGCUUGCAAGUCUCUACAACUCUUACAGGCUGCUGGACUACCAGAUGCUGUAUCUUAACAGCCUCGCGCGGUAUUAUCUCGACUCUGCAGAUAUCAAAUUCAUCCGUGAGUACUGGGAGAAAAUCGAAGCUGGCCUUGAAGCUAUGAUACCUCAUGCGUGGGCAAUCCUCUCCAAUACAGCAAGUACCAGUCAAGCAGAUUCCUCCAUCGCAGCUCUCUCAACUCUUCGCUUGGGAUUGGAUACAAAACGACCUCUGAUACUGCCUCAGACCCGUCAACGAACCUCUCUCCGAAUGGUGUCAGGCUUCCUCCUCGAGGCACUCUUCAAACGUGCCCGAGGCCAACCGCACCAUGCCGCCAUAGUAGAGACAAUCGAUGUCCUACUGAGUGGUCUCUGGGCUGCAAUGACUGAUCAGGAUGAAUACUACACAGGGACAUCGUGGGAGUACUUGUACCCAGACGGCCGACCUGGCCUGGACCUCUUUACCUCCCCCCACUCGUGGGGCGAGGCGCCAACAUACGUCUUCACCGAGUAUCUGCUCGGCAUCCAGCCAACUAGCCCGGGCUUUAUGGAAUGGGCUUUCCGGCCUGUGAUUACUGGCAUGGGCCUGUCCUGGGUGGAAGGGAGGGUUCCGACGCCGCGGGGGAGUAUUAACGCUGGUUGGGCAGUCGAGAACGUGACGGAGAUCAGGUUGCAUGUUUGUGCACCGACUGGAACGACUGGGAUCUUCGUAUCCCAAUGUCAGUGA